AUCAUGAAAUGGGAUACAUGGUUUACAGCAGGUCACUAAUGCUGGAAAAAGUACAGAGUCCACCGAAAGACAUGCUUGUUACUUUCUGAAUUCUGGGAUAAUUUUUUUGUUGUUGUUCAUCACUCCGACUUUCACUGAGGGUUAUUAUAGCCUUGGUCUCAAGGCCAGAAAAGUUUACAGGCUGCACCUCUUCCGUACUCAAUGCUGUACACCUUGCACCCAAGGGUACUGUAUAUUUACACUCAAUAAUGUCUUCUGGUUCUCACACGGCCAUCAUACAGGAAUCUAUAAAACAUGGACUUACAUCAGUCGGUGCCGGUGCCGCGGACGGACACGGAGCCCCCAGCCCGGCCCGCAGCCGCCUUGUCAUGCUGCCCAAAGUGGAGACGGAGGCCCUGGGACUCGCCCGGUCGAAUGGGGAACAGGGGCAGAUGCCAGAAAACAUGCAAGUGUCUCAGUUUAAAAUGGUGAAUUACUCCUACGACGAAGACCUGGAGGAGCUGUGUCCGGUGUGCGGAGAUAAGGUGUCGGGGUACCACUACGGGCUGCUCACCUGCGAGAGCUGCAAGGGAUUCUUUAAGCGGACCGUCCAGAACAACAAGAGGUACACGUGUAUAGAAAACCAGAACUGCCAGAUUGACAAAACGCAGAGGAAGCGAUGCCCUUACUGCCGGUUCCAAAAAUGCCUCAGCGUUGGAAUGAAGCUAGAAGCUGUGCGAGCUGACCGAAUGCGCGGCGGCAGAAACAAGUUUGGACCGAUGUACAAGAGAGACAGGGCGCUGAAGCAGCAGAAGAAAGCUCUUAUCCGAGCAAAUGGACUUAAACUGGAAGCCAUGACUCAGGUGAUCCAAGCUAUGCCAACUGACCUGACAAUAUCCUCUGCGAUCCAGAACAUCCAUUCUGCCUCCAAAGGCCUACCUCUGAACCAUACUGCCUUGCCUCCCACAGACUAUGACAGAAGCCCCUUUGUAACCUCUCCAAUUAGUAUGACGAUGCCACCCCACGGCAGCCUGCAAGGUUACCAAACAUAUGGCCACUUCCCAAGCCGUGCUAUCAAGUCCGAGUACCCUGACCCUUACACUAGCUCACCAGAGUCAAUAAUGGGCUACUCAUACAUGGAUGGUUAUCAAACAAGCUCACCGGCAAGUAUUCCACAUCUGAUAUUGGAACUCCUGAAAUGUGAGCCAGAUGAACCACAAGUCCAAGCAAAGAUCAUGGCAUACCUGCAGCAAGAGCAAGCCAACAGAAGCAAGCACGAGAAGCUCAACACAUUUGGGCUUAUGUGUAAAAUGGCUGACCAAACCCUAUUCUCCAUCGUCGAGUGGGCUAGGAGUAGCAUCUUUUUUAGAGAGCUUAAGGUUGAUGACCAAAUGAAGUUGCUUCAGAACUGCUGGAGCGAACUCUUAAUUCUAGAUCACAUUUACCGGCAAGUGGUACACGGGAAAGAAGGCUCCAUCCUUCUGGUUACCGGGCAACAAGUAGAUUAUUCCGUAAUAGCGUCACAAGCUGGAGCCACCCUCAACAACCUUAUGAGCCAUGCACAAGAACUGGUAGCAAAGCUUCGCUCCCUGCAGUUUGAUCUGCGAGAAUUUGUAUGUCUCAAAUUCCUGGUGCUGUUUAGUUUAGAUAAACCAAGAGGAGAAAGACAAUUUUGCAUACGCUGUGAAGACUCAAUUACUCUGUGAAAUACGUCCUUCUGUGUGGUUUUUAUAGUGUUUGAAUCUGCCAUGGGAAGUUUAGAUGAAGCUCUCUCAAAACACAAACAGCAUUUUUCUCUCAUUUAUGAUACCAUAAAAAGAGCUAGUUCUGCUAAUGGGAGCCUUGUAGUCAUAUUACUUCUUUAUAGAAAUGAUGUAGCAAAGAAAGGGUCAGCACCUUUCCAACUAUUAAAUCACUAUUUAGCACACUGCAUAACUCAAUUUGUUAGAAGUCAAAACUAGAUGUUAUUCUGUAAAUAGUAAAACAUAAUGAUGUUGCCCCUUGACCCAAAGAAUUAAGGCAUAUGUUUGUAGAGAUCGGAUGAUAAAACUGAAACAAAAAACAUAGGUACCUUUUCCAGUUAAAUAUCUAAGUUUGUGCCCAAAAGUAUGAAUGAAUUGUCUGGCUGAAGUUGAGUGAGUCAGGCCUUUUAAGACAUUAAAGUACUUAACAAUGCUGGUUAGCAUUCAGCAGAGUUGUAAAAGCUAGCUAAGCAGCAAAUCUGUGGAAAUAAUUGGGAGCAAUUAUUGUAUCUAAGUACUGAGAUGCAUUUGAUGCAGAUCUUUGUCUCUUAAGGCAUCUCAACAGAAAACUGAACUUAAUGCUGAAAACACAUUAUUAAUCAAAACAAUAUUUCAAAAACCUGAGCUGACUUUCAUUGAAAAUCUGACUCUGUAACACUUAAUGGUAAGACAUACCAACCUUUCUCAUUUCUAAGGAUGUCCCCUCCGUAGUGUUCACCAAACCAGUAAAGCCUUAUACUAUUGCUUCUGUGGUAGCACAAACUCAAUAAACCACAACAUUAAUUUAUUGAGAAGAAACCGUUUGGUUUUUUAUAACCACAGUUACAAAGCAAUUCAAAAAUAGUCAUUAUACAAUUGAUGGAAACGUACUGAUAGGGCACAGAGUGAAGAACUGGAAAAGAAGAAGGGAAACUUUGAGAGACCUACUUCUCACAUUUGCUCUGCAGGCUUUACAUUUCUUAAUUCAUGUCCAAAAAACAGAAAGGGCUUAUCUGAGAAAGCUGAUUUUCAGAUAGGUGCGUAAGUCUUCAUCAAGUUUCCUCGUAAAUAAGAAUUAACAUAACUGGCUUACUGAAAGCGAGCCAAAUCGUCAAUAAUGCCAUUUCUUUAUCCUAAUCCCAGAGCAAUACAACUAAUUUUCCUAUAGCACAUGCCACUAUAGUCCACAGUACACAUCAUCAAAAAGUAGGUCUAAAAAUUGCUAGUUUAAAUCAACAUAUGUCGCAGACAGGAAAAGCAAUUGAGUCAGGUUAUCUCUGAGUUAUCAUUAACGAAUCUGACAGCAGUUCGGAAACUCCUUUUCUACUCUGACAGAGUUAGAAAUUUAUUCUAUCUUAUUCUACUCAUUCUAAUUAUUUAAAUGUUGAGUUCUCUAAUACUGGGGAAGAAAGAGACUGCCAUGAUUCACUAUAGUGAAAUCUUGGCUUCACUAAAGUUAAAUAGAAUUUCUCACUGAUUUUACCAGAGCAAAAAUAUGUCUCAGUCUUUCUUUAAUUUUCCUCCUAUCACAAAAUAAAGUUCAGAUCAACUUUUCAGCCACUCAAUUUGAUUUAAAUUUUUUUUUUUCUAACUUGUGAACCAAACAACUGUCUAUAAUACAGGUUACUUUUUAUCAUCUUCUGAUGUAACAAAUCUCAUUUCACAAUCCAGUGGCGUUACAAACUGGUCAGUUAACCUGAAAUCAGCCACUGUUCAAUUUUCGCCAAAACUUCCCAUUUGUCCUGCUAGUUUUUAUUAUCUGAACUCAGCAAGGAUGAUUUGUCAAACCUUCCAUCAAAGCAGUUUAUAAAGUGAAAUGCCAAUAGGAAGAAAGUUAGACAUCAUUUGACCCAUGUCCAAGUACUUGUCUGCCUGAGCUAAAUGCUACAGUAGGCAGCAGCUGACUGGUACUGCUCUCUUAUCAUUGUCAGGACGCAGAUAAAUGUACUUCAUUUAAGAAAUGAAGGUUUUAUCAAUGGGCAAAUAAUUGCAGAGCCACUAUCGAUCUCACAUCUCAAUGUGAGACAAGAGGGACCUGCGGACCUGUAGACAUGGUAAACAUUUAAUUGCUAUGGAUGGCAAACAACGGCCUUCUCGUUAAAGAAAGGGGGGAAAAAGAAAAAAAUCUCAAUUUUCAAACAAACCACACCAGUUACUUAACAGUUCAGCAGAGAUCCACUCGACUAGGCAAUACUCCAUACCCAUUUCUUUUGGCUAAGAAGAACAUUAGCAAAUCUUUCCAUGCUUUCACUCUCCCUACAACUCUAGAGUAGAGAUGGGAGGAGAGUAGAUCUCAGUACUGGGCUCCACUGAAGGCAGUUUUGGAAAAAAAAACCCUUCUUGUUAGGAUCUUCACAUAGAUUAAAAAUGCUGAAUGAGAAGCUUCCUGUGAACACGCAGUAGUUGCACAAAGCCUGCCUGUGCUUAGUUUGAUUUUGUGCUAUUAAGUCAAAUCAACACAGUUAUGAAAAACUCUGAAGUUGGAAAUAAAGAAACUUCACCAACUUUUCAAAGCUUAGUCCAGAAAAAAUGGGAACAUAAAAUAAAAAAAAGAAUUAGUCAAAAGAUCUUCUUCUACCCUCCCAUCACUUGGAAGUUUUAGUAUCAGGACUAAAUAAAUGAAGCUAGCAGGUGAUCAGCUCAAAAUGCCACAGUGCAUAUUCUUCGAGACAGCAGACAUAGAGGAUGCUGAUAGUUUUUGUGGUAAGAGUCACUUGGAGAAAUUACUGGAAGGAAAAUCCAUUGUAAGCUAUGAAAUACAGAGAACUGUUAGUUCUGGCUGUUUGUAACCUCCAGCUGCUGGAACCUCAGCAGCUGCUGCUGGUAGGGAUCGCUCCACGUUUUCUUCUUACACUGCUCCCCAGGACAUCUGUUCCUGGUCUAUGUCAAAGAUGGGAUCACGAUUUAAUGAGCCAGAGUGCCAGCAUGGCUAUUCUCAUGCUCUUACCAGAUAAGUGUAAGUCAUUUAUAAUUUUCAGGGACAAAGAUUUCCUUUCUGUAAAGUGGGCCUACUAUUUCUUCAGCAAGAUAACAAAAAUUAACAGAAAACAAUACUUUGUCUUCAGUAGCACCUUCAGUGCAAGAUCUGAACUAGGUACCCUGAAUAUGCAAAGUAUAGCAUAACAAAGACUGCCUUGAUGAGCUAAUGCAAGUCCAUGGUGGAGCAUUCAUCCAGGAACAGAGGGGUCCUCACUAACUGAUUCUCUUCUUAAUUCCUGUGGCAGACAACACUUAAGUCUUGAAGACUGUCUUAAGGCUUCAGGCAGCUCUGAAGCCAAAAUGCUCACUUCAGCAGUUUAUACUCGUCACAGUUUGCAAAUAUACAAAUAUUUUCGCAAUUGACUGUAUACAGAUGCUAUCAAUAGCAUGUAUUUAUACUUGUGUCGUUAUUAUGAGAUGGUUUUAUUAAAUCCAUUGACAGUUGUUUUAUACUCAUCUGAAGUGCACUGAAGAGCACUUUUAAGACAGUACCUGACGAACAAGCAGUCAAGGGGUUCUGUACAAUCAGCAUCCAGCCGUGUCCUUCAGGCUUCCCCACAUCACAUCUGAAUUUAGAAAAAUAGUUUCUGCACACUUGUUAAAUUCAGGCUCAUAUCCUAGCCUCAUGCUUAUCUACAGUAAGCAUAUGAGGAUAAUGUUGGCAAAGAAACAUUUCCUAAACUUGAUGCAAUCCUUUGGAAUUCAGGAAGAAUAAAUUAGCAUUCAGGAGAUGUGACUGCUCAAUAUUUAUGCCACUGAGACUUGGCAGAAGCAAAUAAUGGUACAUAAAGCUGAUGCUUGUCUUAAUUAAAUGCAGUAUAAUAGGUGUUGAGGGCUUUUUUUUUUUCCCCUUAGCGAAGAGAGCAGUUUAGCAAUGACCAGAUAUAACUCAUUCUGAAGUUCAGAGUUUAAAAUUAAUCAAUAUGUAUUUAUAACAAGGGAGGGACUGAAUAUAAUUUAUUAUUAGCUGAAAGCUGGCUAAUAGAUAAAGACAAGAUUUAUUUUAGUACAUUCUUCCACAUACUAGUUUCUGACAAAAUAUUUGCUCUCUUUGAUUCUUAAUUAUUUUUUGCUGUACUAACAGUAUUUGAAAUAGAAGACUUAUUGGAAGGAAUUCCCCAGCCACAGAAAGGCUAGCAGUGACACCAGAGAACAUAAAAUGAGACAUCUACCUAGAAGGAUCUCUUUUCACUGUGAAAAGCUCAUUGUUCAGAGUAAAAUUCUUAAUAGUACAACAUUUCCUGAUUUUAUGAUGAGAAAUUGUUAACAGCCUAUAUUCCUUUAAAGUUUGUGAUGUACAUAUGCAAUGAUAGCUAGGUUUUAACUGGAAGAGAAUAUAAUGAUGAGACAAUUCCAACACAUCUACACAGCCCAGGGACACCUUUCUUAAAUGUCACAGUAAAAGCUUUGAGAGUGGAUACGAAGUAGGUAGAUCAGGAGUGCUGGGGAGAGCUCCAAUUCAGCAUGAGUCAGAGUGGAGAAAGCAGAAAGGCACUUAGCCUGGAAAGGGUGUGGGAGAGACAGAGAUGGCAUUGUAGGGCAAGCCAGAGGCAGGAAGUGACCUCAUGAUGCUGAAUGGUCGAUGAUAAAUAUGGAAGGAACAGCUACAGGACCUCAACAGUGAAGACAGUGAACACAGUUUGUGUCUGAUGUAGCAGAGGAAAAGGGAGGAUGCAAAGAUAGCAAAGCAGGGAGUUUGGAAGGGAGUCUUGAAAGUGGUGUUUCCCAAGGCCAAAGGAAGAAACACUGUGGUAACUGAGACAUAAUACGAUGAGACUAUGUGGUAUUUGUUAAGAACUUAACCCAGCAAACAAUGGCUUUUGUGCACAGUCCAUGGAAGUCUAUAAAAACACACUUACUGGGUCAGCUAUGUUAUAUUAGUUUGGAAUGAAUUAUAUUAGAAGUAGGCUUAUUUAAAGGUGAACAUCACUGUCUUUUGGGUGAUCUCAUCUCUGGAUAAAAUGGAGGCUCUGUUUCUAGAAAUCAAGACGAACAAUUCUUAAGAUUAUUAUUAUGUAACUCAAUUGCAAAUUAUAGACUUAAUGCACAAACUGUCUAGAUGGAGAUGUAUAGCUUGAAUUGAACUAAAUGUUGAAGGAAAUAGUGAUGACAACUAUAUGGGUCCUUUCUUGUAUCCCCAUCAGCAAAAGCAAAUUUCAUAGGCAAGAAGUUCAAAUUCAUCACGAGUCUCACAAUUCCACUGUUGUUUUUGUUCGUUUGUUUUUUUGCAAGCUUUGCCCAAUCUUCCAAGUUCAAAGGUGAUUAUUUAUAUGGACUCUCACUGCUGCACAUCCCACGUUAACUACAAAAACCAAGGAUGACUGUCUCAUUAGAGAUGAUGUGGGUCAGUAGAACAGUUAAAUAGCCAGUCUGCCCCGAAACAUCUAAGUAUUUGAUUUUCUGGCAAAACAGCCUGUCCUCUCUACUCUGCAACUAUAAGAGCUGUUCCACUUUUCUACUCUAAUCCUCCAGAAAAGAAUGAAAGAGAAUAAACAAAGAUCAUUUUAGGAUCAGCUCACGAAGGACUUUCUCCAUUCACGGAGCCAGCAUAUGGAAAUAGAGAAAUCAGUCCUCUUGUUCAUGGCUGUUUCUGACUCCAUUACAGUCUGUGGAGCUCAGAAGAAUUUUUUCAUGAUAUCUGAGUUACUUUAUCUGGUAAAUGAAAACCAGAGCUAUCUUUUUAAAAAGUGGUGAAAUCCAGAGUAUUAAAGAGACUAUGUAAGGUACAACCAAAUGAAAACAGAUUUGUUUAAACAAGCUAAAGACCAAAGGCAAUAGUGAAAGGAACCUGAUUUAAAGUAUGUGGAAUACGUUUUGAGCAAAUUUAUAUUUUCCUUUGGAAGUAACAUAACAUGAGCUCCUUGCUCUAUUUUCAUGCUAGUGUCUAAAACUGCAAAAAGAAUAUUUUCAGAAGUGAAUUGUAGCACUGUGUGCAACAUGCAGGACAAAGUGAAUUUCCUUUUGCCCUGUUCUUUUAUUUCUCUGUUUUUAUUGAAAUCUUUAGAGAAACAAACGCAAAGACAUCUUCCCUUCUCUUUAUCUAUUGAAAUCUGUAGCACAGUCAAACAAUUAAAAAUCAGUCCCUGAAAGUUCGUAGAGACGCUAAACGAUGACGAAUGGAGUGAAGACUCUGAUAAACAGACCUUUGCUCCCGAGAACGCUUCUUCAUGGAGCUGACAGGUUUUAGUUCAGCCUCCCAUGCAGGUUUCAGACACAGUGCAGGUAGGAUGAAAGAAGUAAUGGCAGCAGCUAUAUUGCAGAUAACUUUCUUGAUGAAAUGUCUGAUCAAUUAUUCUUGUGAAUAAUAUACAGAUUACAUUUAUAUAGAUAAAUACUGGGGUUAUUUAUUAGAGUUAUGAAUUAAACCAGUAUUUUUAAGAAAUAAGUUUUCAGUAAUACUUCUCAGCCUUGGAUGUCAAAGUCAUGAAUGAUCAACUUCUUACAGAAUUUUCAAGCUUUCUAUUUCAUGGUUGAUUAAAGUUUUGUUUUGUUUUUUUAUAAACUACAUUAAAUUGUAGAGAAAAUUUAAUAAUCACUUCUGAUUUAUCCUGAUUUUAUUUCACAAAAUGCAAUGAAUGUUGUGGACUUAUCUCUCAAGUAACUGCUGAGUACAAAGGCAUUAUUUGAGGCAUGAAUUUGAUCCAAUAUGAUCAGUACUGGUUUACGUUGUCUGUUUGUCUGACAGUUGCAAGCCGUGGAAAAAAAGAUUAACCAUCUUGAGCAAGUGCAUUUCCUUUUCCUUUUUUUUUUUUUUUUUCUGGUAAUAAAUUGCAUAUAUUAGAAGGUUUUGAAAUAACAAAAGGAUUAGAUGCUCGAGAGAAAAUUAGGUCAUAUAUUUGUUAGAUACAAAUCUCACAAGUAAUUAGAAACAUGACUAUCAAGCAGUAUCUGUAUUCUGUGCUGCUGCCUUUGUGUGCAGACAGUGGGGAUUUCAGAAUAAUCCAACUGGCAUGCACUUUUACACUUUCUAAUAUGUUCAUAGAAUACUAGUAAGAAUAGCUUUUAAACAGCUUCUACAGGGGGGAAAAAUCACUUGCAAGUAACUCACAUAUACAUUCGUGUCCACUCUGGAAAUACUUUUGGAAUUUUUGUCCAGCCUUCAGUACACACUGUAGAUGUUUAAGAUACAAGCUUGAACGUAUUUUACACGUAAAAAUAUAUUGUUACAUAGAAUUUUAUAGCUGGUAUUGGCAUAAGCACUUAACAUCAGUGAAUACUUCUGAUAGACAAGGUUCCCAGAAUCUCUUACUGAGUAUACUUAAAUGUGAGUAUAUUUAAAUAUUUAAAUAAAUGAAGGAAUAUACUUAAAGAGACAACUCUAUAUUUUUCAUUUGGACAUAUGCUUAAAUGCUUCACAGAGGGAAGAAUAUGCUGAAGGAAUGCAACGGCAAAAUUCCCUUGACUGUUGCUGUAACAGACCACUUAUGAAAUACUUUCUAUACCAGAAGGUACAGCCUACAGAUUAGGAACUGUUCCUUACUUAUUUCUAGUUAAAAACACACAUUGCAGAGACUCUUACCUGAAAGGCUGUUUACCACUGUCAGCCAUUCAUUGGAGACUCACCCCGCAGACACGUGCCCCAUUCCCCUGUCCUCCUCUUAUCCCUUUGAUGCUUAUGCCAGCUUAGACACUGGAAGGGAAACAAAAGCAAUGGUUGUCUCUAAGAGAGGAAAGUGAGAGAACUGAAACACUGCAAAGAAACACUGAAAAGUAGUUGCAGGAGAAAUAAACAGAAGCCAGGAGACGGAAAGAAUUGCAAGAGUGGUGAGAGAAGAGCGGUAGAGAAUAGGAUACCUGGGCAGAACAAGAACCAAGAAGGGUGAAAAGGACAGGAAGGAAAGAGAAACCAUGGAACUGUGAUCAAAGCUGAGUGAGAGAGGGAGAGGGAGGAAAUAGUGGCAAACAGGAAAGAAACAAUGAAAGAAAAUUCAGAAACAAACUUUACAGGUCAGCCUUGAAUACAGCUGUGAUCGUGAAUUGGGAGUCAGAGGGGGACUGUGCAGAAACACUCAUUCCCAAGCUCACAGCUUGGAGCACAUCCCACUCACUUAUGUUGGCAGGAAAGGGGAGGGGAGUGAAAACGACAGUUCCUCAGCCUCUGGCAAAGCCACUAUUGGGGCUGGAUGAACUUCAUAGAGCAGAGGUUCUCCCUAAUACUCUGGGCCUUUGCAGAGCCAUCAAGAAUGGGGCAAACUGAAAAAAAUAAUGUAAGUCCAACACCAGUCCACAUGGCUUCCAAAAGUUUAGUCUGCACACAGCCAUUUUUGUAAGGAAAUUUUAAGAAUUCACUAUGUAAGAUUAUUCAAGGAUUAAUAAGAAAAAUCUUACAUUUAGAAUCAUCCCCAGUUGAUGAACAUUAUAAAUACAUUGCACAAUAUCUCUGCUCGCCAGGUGUAGGUAAGUCUCAGGAAGGAGAUGAGUUUCAGAAUCAGAAUAGGGAGUAACACUACAACAGUAUCUUUCUCCUCUCCCAACACCAAAGAUAGUAAGAGAUCAGUGAACUGCUCAGGAUGAGACAGACGAUGUUAUCCUGUCUUUCAGUGAUGGAAAAUCCGUAUCCCAGAACAGAACACAUGAGGCAGACUGUUCUUCAUGCUCAGCCAUAGGCAGGCUGAAUGGGUAGGUUGAGAAAGUCAUUUCCUCUUGUCUACGAGCAUCUCUCCGGGGAGACAUUUGGUGUUAGAGAAUGGAGAAACUGGCAAGGUUGAAAAGGACAGGUAUCAUACUCACAUUCGCUAAAGAAGUGCUGGAGAACAGUACAGCACACUGAAAGUAUUCUUUCAGAGAGGAACACUGCCAAGAGCCUUCUGCACGACCAGUGUCCCCUCAACUGCCCACUGUGUUCCAGCUGGCCAGCUCACUUCUACCUGUCAUUCUUCCUCCCUUUCUGUUUUGAGAGAGGAAAGUAGGAGCCAUAAUUAAUUAAAACCGUAGAAAAAUACCAGAGUUGAUCCAGGGAGUAAAGAGAGAACAGAGCAAUUAAGAACUUUCCUGCUAAACCCUCACUAGGCAUACUGUAAGACUUUCAGUGCAUCGUGCCCCUCAAAAACAUGGCAGAGAGAAGCAGGCACUUAAAAGAGCUUUCAAUUACUUACGUGCCUUUGGCGCCCUUUCAGGAUGCUGUGGAGCUGGAAACAGCUGUGGCGAAGUUAUUUUCUCUGCAUUUGCUUUUCUUGACAGAACAGCUCCAAUAUUUUGAUCUCAAGAAUAAUCAGGUCUUUUGUGUUUCCUUUUCAACUAACUGCAGACUUUUGCAAGUUAAAAAUUAAUGACAACUUCUCUUCCCCUUUCUUUCCUUUUCAAACAUAGCCCUUCCGCGCUCUCCUGAAAAUAGAAUAAUCUUUUUCCUACAACCUCUAACUGUUCAUCUCAACUGCAUUCAAACCAUUCUUCUGCCCCCCUUCUGUGGUAAGGCACAAAAUGAAUUCCACCACAACAAAACAACUUGCCUCGUGGAAACCAUUACUGUGAAGAUGAAACAUGGCGCUGUGUCCUUUACCACUAUUACCGGCAGUCAGUCUGUUACAACGUAUUGGGCGAUUAUAGGCCAGCCUUUUCACAGAAAGCCAUGGGUUUCAAGUUAGCAGUAACCAUCUAUCAAUUCUUGAGAUUAUGCCAUGAUUUACUGUCACAGCAUCAUGUAUUCUCUGAUUUUCUGCCUGCUAUGAAACAUUGUGCUUUCCUUUUCUAUUGAUGUAUCAACUAUAAUAGUUACAAGCAGCUACAGAAAAAUCAAUAGCGAACUUUCAUUACUGAGCACAUAAAGAGUACCAUGCUGUGAGAGCACCUAGCUGUUAAAUAGUCACCAGCAGUAAGGUACACUAUAAAUGGCUGUUAUUUUGGUCUAAAUGAAGAAUGUCUGAAUUUGAAACAUCAGAUAGCUAGGAUUUCUGACAUCACUGGAUUCCACGUCAAGUUUUUCGAGUGUGUGAUUUUUUAUCCAAGUGUCAGCCUUGAUUUGUCUUUCCCGUGCUGGGAUCUCUAGCUGACCUAGGAAAUGAAUAUCAAAAUAACAUAUUGCUGGGCAAUCCUUCACUGUUAGCUCGUUAUGUUUGGUUGGACAGAAGUGGUAAGAAUUGUGUUAAUGUUUAUUGAACUAGACUACAUCAAAUAAAUUGACUGAUUAUGGUGAACAGGCCAACAAUAUCUGUGCUUAUCGCACAAACAGAGCAGAGAUUAAAAAGGUACUGCAGUAUGGCUGCAGGCUCAGAGGUGCUCCUUGGACUGUGCACUAAGAAAAACUUUUCAGUACAUGGCUGGGGAGGGGUAGCAUAAUUUUUGGUUUAAAUAUGUUUAUUUGCCAGUGGAAACACAUGAACUUUAAUUAGUGAAUAUAAACCAAGAAUGCCAAGAACAAAAGUAAAUGUUAAUGAGCAUCGCUCUGAACAUGUUCAGGCCAUUGGUGUCCUCAAGCACAGAGCUCCUGCAGGGUGGGCUCUGCUGCAGGAGUCAGUGAUUACCUUGGCUCGUGGAGGCUGUGCUGAUUUACAGCUAUGAAUGCACUGUUUGUUGCUGAAUACCUUCGAGUUUGAAAGCCUGUGCAUUGCCAUGAAACUCAAACAUGAGGAUGAACAUGUGUACUUACAUGAAUUGCAUCCUACAAAAUGUACAUCCACCAACUGUCAUGGCCAUAAGAUUAGAGGAAAGCCACAUUUCUUGCCCUGGACAUCACUUCUAGGAAAAUGAACCUUUAAGAAAAGAAAUCCAAAUCAGUACUACAAAACCUGUAAAAGCAACACAGAAAUCUUGAAAUAAAAAAUGAGAAAUUUCAUUCCAAAUGGCAAUUCAGUCCCACCCAUCAAGAAAUACUUGCAGGUGGUGAAGCACCCUGCUUUGCACAGCAUAGGAAGGCCCAGCAACAACUGCCCUCAACAGGGAGCACUGAUUUAGGUCAUGGUGACUCUGAAACUAAAAAUCCUUCCAGAGAGCGAGCAGCGAAGACAAAACCCACAACCUAAUCAAAUAAAGCAGCAGGGGACUCAGACGAGGAGCAUCACAGAGUGACAGUGUAGCUGCCGUAGUUUGCUGUUACACUUACAUAGUAAAUAGCUGUAAAUGUCAACAGUGAAUUCUAGCUCUUCCAAGUAAUAAAAUUCAAGUGUUUGGCUAAAAAAAGUCAUUUCUACUGUAGUUCUGCCAUAGGGCUUUCAGCAGUGAGCAAUUAAGUGAAUGACGUUUUGCUUCCGAUUGUUUCAAAAUAAGAAUAUUAAAAAGUGGUUAUUUUACCGAUUUUUUUUUUAAAUGGAAGUUUGGAAAAAAGAGAAAGGAUAACUGUAUCACACCGGUCGGUCCUUGUCUCCAAUAAGGCGGAGUACUUCAUGUUCUAAAUUAUUUGUUGAUUACACUGACAGAGAGCUGUGCUAUAGUUCUGUACCCCUUAGAGCAGAACAGCACUAAAACACCUUUGCUUUUCCUCUUUUAAAUACAAGACAUCGUUACAGUUUCCACUCCUGAGGGAUUCUGGAUAUAAACAGGAGGAAAAGUGCAAAUAAAAUUCACCAAGGAGUAAAAAAGUGAUAUGAAGUUCUGCUCCUACCUAUAAACCGCUAUAAUAACGUAAUUGGCUGGCCUAAUAUUUUUAAUCAAGUUCAAAAAAGUUUGAAAUGUAAUAAUUAAAUGCAAAUACAGUCAUGAUCCCAAAGACCAGAAGAAUGCCUUUAAGCUAGUAUUUAUAACAAGAACUACUCGACUGAGCUGUCGUGUAAAUUCUAUCAUACCUGAGGCAGUUUUCCUCAGUCGAUUAGCUGAAAAGCUGAAUAUAUCCUGAGGCAAACCAGACAUCUAGUACAGGCUAAAUUCAACUACUGGAGCUUAAAUUUGGCUUAAUAUAUCCCCACUUGGAUCUGCCUGUUUAAUUCUCUUUCAUAUGAUAACGUUGGUUUAUUCAUAGUCUGGACUUGCCACCUGAACAAACUGCACCUCAUAUCUUAUUCUAAUGGAAUAAGAAAACUUUGCAAAAACCACAAAAGUUCCUGAGUGAAAAUCAAAUGCAAAUUUGGGAUUAAAAACUGUUUUGUAAAGUGACUACAAGAUUAGUACAGAGAGAUUUUUCCCCUAAGGAGCACUGCUUUUUAUGAUCAUGCAUUUUUUAUACUCUGUAGAGACAGAUGGGCUUUAUAAAAGGAUAGAGCCUGCUACUCAGAAGGGUUGCAGUGGCAGCUGCACUUCUGUGUUUUAACCUCAGUAGAAAUGUAUAUAGAAUAUUUUUCCAGAAAAUAUUUAUACUACUUCUUUCAGAACUAUAUUCCCCUUUGGUGCAGUUCCAGUGACAGCAGCAGAAAUACCUCUGAGAUUAAUCUGGUCCAUUAUUCCUAUUUUAAGCAGUACUCAAGGGAGAAAAAGGACAGAUAACGUCUAAACU